AUGGUACACCUCUCUCUCGUCCCUCUCAAAGGAAACGCGUCAAGAUGCUUCCCUCACUCGGGUUACCUCGGAAUAUCCCCAGUCACUUUCCAAGGCCUUCUACGCACACGACGCGACCCAGACGACCGUUCACCAAUAGCAGCAACAAUGGUCAUCGUAGCAGUAAGAUGCUACGAGUUCAGGCUAAACAAGGCAGGCACAAUCGCAAAGCAGAACGUACUCGCUUCAGAGGAACACUGUCUAUGGGUGGCAGCGAACGCAAACGAACCAAUCGAGGUCGUCGACUGGGACUUGCCUUUUCGUAUCACCCUUCCCGUAUCCUUUGGCGGCAUCAGCACAGUGUCACAUCAGGAGUACAAGGUGUCGUGGAAGAUCGAAGCCAUCAUACACCACACUCCCAUGUUCGGCCUUGGUAACCGCCUCGUCAAAGCCCUCCCUCUCAACAUCGUCCGAUAU